UGGGAUGCGAUAACAGAGAUGGAUGAACAGAACCGACCUAUCCAUACCUUCCAGGUGUGUCAUGUGAUGGAGCCCAACCAGAACAACUGGCUACGGUCCAAUUGGAUCCAGCGCCAGGAAGCACAGAAGGUGUACGUGGAGCUGCGCUUCACCCUGAGAGACUGUAACUCCAUCCCUUGGGUGUCUGGUACCUGCAAGGAGACCUUUAACCUCUUCUACCUCCAGACAGAGGAGCCACACGCCGCCGCCUCCCGCUUCAGACCUGCCGACUACGCCAAGGUGGACACCAUUGCUGCCGAUGAGAGCUUCACACAGACGGACCUGGGAGACCGCGUUCUGCGCCUCAAUACGGAGGUCAGAGAGGUCGGCCCGGUGACCCAGAAGGGCUUCUACCUGGCGUUCCAGGAUGUGGGGGCGUGUAUCGCUCUGGUCUCCGUCAAGGUGUUCUAUAAGCGCUGUCCAUCCACUCUGAGGAACCUGGCAGCGUUCCCAGACACGGUACCAAGGGUCGACUCCUCCUCGCUGGUGGAGGUGCGGGGAGCGUGCGUGGAGAACGCAGAGGAGAGGGACACGCCCAAACUGUACUGUGGGGCGGACGGGGACUGGCUGGUUCCUCUGGGGCGAUGCGUCUGUAGUCUGGGACAUGAGGAGAUUGACGGAAUCUGCCAGGCGUGUAGACCAGGGUCCUACAAGGCUUUGUCAGGGAUUAUCAAGUGUUCCAAGUGUCCUCCCCACAGUUCCAGCCAUGACCAGGCAGCCACGCUCUGCCACUGUGACAAAGGCUUCUACCGGGCAGCCAAGGACCCCUCCACCAUGGCAUGCACACGCGCUCCAUCGGCCCCCAGGAACCUGAUCUCUCUCAUUAACGAGACGGCUCUAUUCCUCACCUGGUCUCCGCCUAGCGACAGUGGUGGCAGGAAGGACCUCACAUAUAACAUCAUGUGCCAGCGCUGUGGCGCCUCCGGUGGGGAGGAGGACUGUGAGCCGUGUGAGACCGACCUGCGUUUCGUACCACGCCUCCUGGGACUCACCGGGACCUCGGUGGCUAUUCUGGACUUUGCCACACACGCCAACUACACCUUCCACGUAGAGACGGUCAAUGGAGUGUCUGGACUGGGAGGAAACCCCAGACCCCUGGCUAACAUCACUGUUACUACUGACCAGACUGGUCCUUCUCUGGUUGGCGUGGUGAGGAAGGACUGGGCGUCUGACAACAGUAUCGCCCUCUCCUGGACGGAGGUGGAACAGCAGCCUAACGUCAUACUGGACUAUGAGAUCAAGUACUACGAUAAGGAACAGGAACAGUCGGGCUACUCAUCGACCCGUACCAAGGCCCUGGGCGUCGUCGUGACCGGUCUCAAGCCCUCCACUGUGUACGUGUUCCACGUGCGCGCUCGCACCGCCGCAGGCUUCACCGCUUACAGCAACACGGUUCACUUCUCCACCGGGGACGAGUACUCAGGCAUGGCAGCUGACCAGGGGCAGGUGCUCGUGGUUGUCACGGCAGCCGUGGGCGGGUUCUCCCUGGUCAUCAUCCUCACCCUCUUCUUCCUCAUCACCGGACGGUGUCAGGUGUUCAUCAAGGCUAAGAUGCAGUCAGACGAUAAGAGGAGGGCUCACUUUCAGAACGUGCUCCCUUUCCCUGGUAUCAAGACGUAUGUGGAUCCUGACACAUAUGAAGACCCAACGCAGGCUGUCCACGAGUUCACCAAGGAGAUAGAUCCUUCUAGAAUACGCAUCGAGAGGGUGAUAGGAGCAG